AUGGCCGCCCUCAACGGCGCCGUGGAGAACGGGCAGCCUGACAGGAAGGUGCCGCCGCUGCCGCGGCCCCUGCGGAGCCUGGAGGUGAAGUACACCAAGAUAUUUAUUAACAAUGAAUGGCAUGAGUCUACAAGUGGAAAGAAGUUCCCCACCUACAACCCUUCAACGCUGGAGAAAAUUUGUGACAUUGAGGAAGGAGACAAGCCUGAUGUGGAUAAUGCGGUGGAAGCAGCGAAGGCAGCAUUCCAGAGGGGGUCUCCAUGGAGACAGAUGGAUGCCCUAAGCAGAGGACGACUCCUGCACAAGCUGGCUGAUCUUCUGGAGCGAGACAGAGUCACCCUGGCAACUCUGGAAACAAUGGACACAGGAAAACCUUUUCUGCAGGCUUAUUUCAUUGACCUGGAAGGUUGUAUAAAAACACUCCGAUAUUAUGCUGGAUGGGCUGAUAAAAUUCAGGGCAGAACUAUCCCAGUGGAUGAAAAUUUUGUCUGUUUCACCAGGCAUGAACCGAUGGGUGUCUGUGGAGCUAUAACUCCAUGGAACUUCCCAUUGCUAAUGCUGGUUUGGAAGAUGGCACCAGCGCUGUGCUGUGGAAACACUUUGGUUAUUAAGCCAGCUGAACAAACUCCUCUCACGUCGCUGUACAUUGGCUCGCUGAUCAAGGAGGUGGGUUUCCCUCCAGGUGUGGUGAACAUUGUGCCAGGCUACGGCCCCACAGCUGGAGCUGCUAUUUCUACCCAUCACAGCAUUGAUAAAAUUGCUUUUACUGGAUCAACAAAGGUUGGAAAACUGAUCAAGGAAGCUGCUUCUAAAAGCAACCUCAAAAGGGUGACAUUAGAGCUUGGAGGGAAAAACCCCUGCAUUGUGUGUGCAGAUGCAGACUUGGACUUGGCAGUGGAAUGUGCCCAUCAAGGCGUGUUCUUCAAUCAAGGGCAGUGCUGCACGGCUGCCUCACGAGUGUUUGUGGAGGAGCAGAUAUAUCCGGAGUUUGUCAAGCGUAGCGUGGAAUAUGCCAAGAAGCGACUCGUUGGAGACCCCUUUGAUGCCAGAACUGAACAAGGGCCCCAGAUUGACCAAAAACAGUUUGAUAAAAUCCUGGAGCUGAUAGAAAGUGGGAAGAAGGAAGGGGCUAAGCUGGAGUGUGGGGGUCUUGCCAUUGAAGACAGAGGCCUGUUUAUAAAACCCACUGUGUUUUCGGAGGUCACUGACAACAUGCGUAUUGCCAAAGAAGAGAUUUUUGGGCCAGUUCAGCCAAUUAUGAAGUUCAAGAGUAUAGAAGAGGUCAUAAGAAGAGCCAACAAUACUGAGUAUGGACUUACGGCUGCAGUGUUCACAAAGAAUCUGGACAGAGCAUUAACGCUAGCUUCUGCAUUGCAAUCGGGAACUGUCUGGAUCAACUGUUACAAUGCGCUCUAUGCACAGGCUCCUUUUGGUGGCUUUAAAAUGUCAGGCAAUGGCAGAGAACUUGGUGAAUAUGCUUUGGCAGAAUAUACCGAAGUGAAAACAGUCACCAUUAAACUCUCCCAGAAGAGUCCAUGAAAACAGAAGGCCUAAAAUGCUGACACUCUGAAUGUGACACAUGGGGGAUGUGUUCAGAGCA